AUGUCAAAUAAAAUAUUUUUACAAAUCCCAACAACAUCAUUAAACUAUUUUUAAUUACAUUCCAAAUUUUUAAACAAAAACAACAAUCAAAUUGAAUUACUUUGUUAUGAAAAUCAAUUAUAUAAAAAGGUAUUAUCAAACUAUAUACUAAGUCAUAAAAAUCCCUAAAAUAUACCAUAUUAAAUAGUACUCUUAGAUUUUAAAUUAAACAUGAACAAGCUUCUAUCAUAUUAAGAUUAGAGAAAGAUGAAUGCAAUUUUAAAGAAUAUAUUUUUCUUGAUAAAGCUGAACCUUGGGAAAAAAAAUUAAAAUCUAAAAUACCUUAAUUAGAUUAUCAAACUUAUUAUGAAUUGGAAAAAUUAGUAGGUAAUGGUAGUUUUGCAUCUGUAUAUAUUGCUAAAAAGAAAUCAGAUGGAUCUAAAGUGGCAAUUAAGGCAUUUCUUAAGAAAAUGUUAAUACAAAAGAAUCCUAAUUCAUGGAGAGUAUUCAUUAAAUUCUAAUUUAGUUAACAAUAGAAAAUGAGAUAAAGGUGAUGAAAUCAUUAGAUCAUCCAAGUAUCUUAAAGUUUUAUGAUCAUUUUGAAAAUAGAGCUUAAUCAUAUAUUGUGAUGAGUUUAGCAAGAGGAGGAACAUUAGAAUAAGGAUUAAAAAAAUUAGAAGAACCUUUACCAUUUUUAAGUGUUAAAGUUAUUUUUAGAUAAAUUGUUGAUGCAAUUAAAUAUUUACAUGAUCGAGGAUUUAUGCAUAGAGAUUUAAAACCUUGCAAUAUAUUAUUAAAGAAACCAAUGUCAUUAAAAUAAUUUUCACUUAUAUCAUAACAAGAUCCAAAUAUAGUAGUAAGUGAUUUUGGAGUGAGUUCAGAAAUAAAAGAUAAUAUGGAUAUUGGUAAAUAUUGUGGAUCUAUUGGAUUUAUGGCACCUGAAAUAUUUCUAUGUGAAGAAGAUAAUAAGAUGACUUAUAAUGAAAAAUGUGACAUCUUUAGUCUUGGUUGUAUUCUCUAUAGAUUGUAACAAAUUUAAAUAUAAUAGAAUAACUAAUAAACCUUUAUUUAAUGCCCAAAAUUAAAUUGCUUUGAAAUAAUUGAAUAAGGAAUGUCAUUUUGAUUGGAUUAAAAUUAAUGAAGAGUUGUAUAAUAGUAAAUAAUUGACACAUUUAUUGAUGAAAAUGUUAUCUAUAGAUCCAAAUAAAAGACCUAAUUGUUCAGAUAUACUUAAGACUAAAAUUUUAGAAGUAGAAUAUGAUAAUGAAGGAUGUCCCUUAUUUAUUAAUUAUAAGAAGCCAAAAUCUUAAUCUAUUUAAUCAGUGAAAACUUCUAGACCUUCAAUAAAAUCGAUUAGUAAUAAUAGAUUACCGUUUGUAUCUCCUAAUCUUUAUUAUAAUAUUUAAAAUAAUAAUAAACCUUAAAACAUAAGAUCAGGAAAUCUUCUAUUACCUCCUAUCAAUAAGAGAUUACAAACAGAAUAAUGUUAAUAUUGA